GAUCGAUGGUGAAGCUGUACGUGCAGGCGGUGCCCCCGCCGGAUCUGAACAAGAACACCGAGUGGUUCAUGUACCUGGUGGUCUGGACCACCUACAUCUUCAUCCUCUUCGUCUCCUGGGUCCUCAUCCUCUCCAUCUUCGGCUGCACCCCCAGCAUGGCCUGGACGCUCGUCAACCUCGGCCACUUCGCGAUUACAUACCACUUCUUCCACUGGAAGAAGGGAACUCCAUUCGCUGAUGAUCAGGGGAUAUAUAAUAGGUUGACUUGUACAAGUGAUGCGUGUGUGAUUUUUGAUGGACAGCAACUAGCAAACUUUGUUGUUUUGCAACUGAAUGAACGCAACUUCAGUUUGUACGUCCCCAGCUUGCUGCUGCGGCGGCUGUCAAUGCCGGUGAGCCUACAACAUCUCCGAUGA